AUGAAGUUACUUGUAGCCUUUGGCUUACUCUGCCUUGUGGCAGCAGUGUACUCCAUCGAAUUAGCUGAUGAUGGAAAGGACCUUGUAGCCGCUGCCAGCGGUAAAGGUCACCACCAUGAAGAGGGAGGUGGAAAGGCUCAUCAUGGACACCAUCACCAUGAACACGACCACAAAGGACACAAGGGACAUAAAGGACAUCACCAUCACCACAAAGGCGAUCACAGUGAUCAUGGUAAACAUCAUCAUGGCGGACACCAUCACGAACACGGCGGUGAUCACCAUAAACACUGGGACGAGCACGAUGAUCACGGUCAUCACCACGAGCACGGCCACCACCACAAGGGCGAGAAACAUGGCCACCAUGAACAUCACGAUAAGGGAGAGAAGACCGACGGCUACCACAAGAAAUACCACAAGGACACAUUCCAUAAGGACCACCACUUCUAUGACGGCAAUCAUGAUGAAGGCAAGCACCACAAACAUGGUCAUCAUCACGGACACCAUGAACAUCAUGAUGGCGGUCACAAGAAGGGUCAUCAUCAUCACAGUGGUCAUCACGGUCAUCAUCAUGACAAGCACGGCCAUCACGAUAAGCAUCAUCACGAUGAAGACCACCACGGUCAUAAGGGUCAUCACGGUCAUCAUGAGCAUCAUCACCAUCAUGACGACCAUGGUAAGAAGGGCGGUCAUGACGGCCACAAACAUUGGGGCUUCCACCAUGGCAAGCACUGA